AUGGAUCGUUCAUUACAUUUUCAUCGACUUGCUUCAACGUUUACUGAUUAUUAUCGUCUAUUUCUUCUUCAUUGUGGUUUACCUUAUUGGCAAUAUAAAUAUACUGAUUUUGGUAUUCCACCUUAUAUAUUACAUUGGUAUUAUGCAAUUGUACCUUAUUUAUUAAUUUCUCGUUCAAAUGAUGAUAUAUCAUCAUUGAAUUUAAUUCCAUUUAAUGCAGAAAAAAUAUUUCAACGAAAUACAAAUUCUUCAUCAAAAAAUCCGAAAGCAUUAAAUCAACAAAAUUCAACAGGACAAACUCAACAAGCAUAUCCUAUCGCUGGUAUUCGUAGUGCCACACAAAAUCAAAAACGUCCAAUUCAACAAACGAAAAGUAUUAAUCGAUCAUCAUCUGUUCCACGUUCAAUGAAUAAUUAA